CCCCGCCCAACCAUGGCUUCGGCUUUGGAGGAGUUGCAGAAUGAUCUAGGAGAGGUAAAGGCGUUGCUAGAAAAGGCCACUAGGAAGAGAGUACAUGACUCCCUGACAGCUGGAAAAUCCAAGACUGAAAUAGAAAUAAAGAAUAAGAUGCAACGUAAAUCACAGAGGAAAGGAAAGCUUGACAGUGAAAAACCAGCUGCUGUGGUUGCUCCCAUCACAGCAAGAUACACAGUGAAGAUCAGUAAUUACGGGUGGGCUCAGUCAGAUAAGUUUGUGAAAAUCUACCUUACCUUAACCGGAGUUCACCAAGUUCCUGCUGAGAACGUGCAGGUGCACUUCACAGACAGCUCAUUUAGUCUUUGGGUAAAGAAUCUAAAUGGGAAGAGCUACUCUAUGAUUGUGAACAAUCUCCUGAAACCCAUCUCAGUAGAAGGCAGUUCAAAAAAAAUCAAGACUGAUACAGUUCUUAUCUUGUCUAGAAAGAAAGCGGGAAACACUCGGUGGGAGUACUUAACUCAGGUUGAAAAAGAGAGCAAAGAAAAAGAAAAGCCUUCCUACGAUGCUGAGACAGAUCCUAUGGAGGGAUUAAUGAAUGUUCUAAAGAAAAUUUAUGAGGAUGGAGAUGAUGAUAUGAAGUGA